CAAGCGCAGAGAAUCAUUGGGAUUUCCUUGUUGUCAAAACACAGAAUGGAUGCUGUGAUUUUAGCUAACGUUAGCUAGCUAAAUCACUUCAAAGUUACGUAGAUUCCCAGUUUAUUGCAAUAAUAAUUGUAAUCUCUCCAUUUGUCCAACUCUGUCAGCUUUUAAACCAAGGUUUUUGCGUUAUCGAAAUGGGGAAAGGUUGCAAAGUUGUGGUGUGUGGUUUGGCAUCUGUAGGAAAAACAGCCAUCCUUGAACAGCUGUUGUAUGGCAAUCACGCUGUUGGUUCAGAGUCCACUGAGACCCAGGAGGAUGUGUAUGUGGCAUCGGUGGAAACGGAUCGUGGUGUAAAGGAACAGUUACGUCUCUAUGACACCAGGGGGCUCCAUGACGGCCUGGACCUUCCCAAGCACUACUACUCUGUGGCAGACGGCUUUGUGCUGGUCUACAGUGUGGACAGCCUGGAGUCCUUUAAGAGGGUGGACAUCCUCAAGAAGGAAAUAGACAAGUCCAGAGACAAGAAAGAGGUGAUGGUGAUCGUGCUAGGAAACAAGACAGACCUGCGUGAGCGUCGUCAGGUGGAGCAGGAGGCAGCGCAGCAGUGGGCGCGGGGGGAGAAGGUCAAGCUCUGGGAGGUCAGCGUCACUGAGAGGAACUCUCUCAUUGAACCCUUCACCAUGCUCACCAGCCGCCUCACACAGCCUCAGAGCAAGUCUGCCUUCCCUCUUCCAGGACGCAAGAGCAAGGGCACGGCGUCCAACGACAUAUGAACUGAACUCAACCUCAAGAGCACCUAAGUUCCAAGUACUUCAGGGGGGAGAUGUUACAGAGUAGGGUUGAUGAGUUAGCCAGCCAACUUCAAUUAAUAUUCUGACUUCAUAUCACCAUGACUCUACAUUCCAUAGACAACCAACAACCCAUAUUAAGAGCUUUUUAUUUCAUUUUUUAUUGACUAGCAAAUCAAGAGAUGUAUCUUAAUGUUUAUCAAAGUGAGCUGGCUAAAUGAGUGAGCCUGCUUUGUGGUGUCAUCAUACACCCCUCUGGUUUCAGUGUGUCCCAUCCUAUGGGAUGGCUAUAGUAGCCGCUGUACAGCAAGGUCUAGGCCCAUCUAAUGCGCCUUUAGAAUGAGGCAUAUUACCUAGUGUAUGGCCUACUACCAUAUAGUGUACGGCAUAUUACUAGAUACUACCUAGUGUAUGUCAUAUUACUAGAUACUACCUAGUGUAUGGCCUACUACCAUUAGUGUACGGCAUAUUACUAGAUACUACCUAGUGUAUGGCCUACUAUCAUAUAGUGUACGGCAUAUUACUAGAUACUACCUAGUGUAUGGCCUACUACCAUAUAGUGUACGGCAUAUUACUAGAUACUACCUAGUGUAUGGCCCGGUAGCAAUAAAAAUAAAUGGUACGACCUUGAUCAGGUAUGUUGCUCAUGUCUGAUUAUUAAAUGUCUGUAAAUGGUUGUUUUUGUGUAUUUGUUAAUACAAAAGCUGUGUAGUUUAUUAGCUUUGUACAUGUUUUAUUUACCUAAUUUAUUUGUCACUUUACUAAAAACGUAAUUCCUAGCGGGUAGGAAUGGGAUGAAAUGUGGCUUCUGUCAUGUGUCCAAAUAAUAUCCUCUCUCCUGAAGUGUACACUCGUUCAGUACUACAAACGUAGAAGCAUUGGAUUGGUGGAGGCAUAGGCUAGGAGUUUCCACCAUAUUUCUGAAAGUAGUUUUCUUUCAAUUCAGUGAAUUGAAGUGAACACUGAGGAUGGAGGGAUAAUUUGAACAUUGCCUGUGUCCUUCAUGUCUUGUGUGAGACCUAGCUAAAUAAAUGUCAUUUUAUGCUGCUA